AUGUCUCGAUUGGUUCCUUACUUGGUUACACCAGAAUCAAAACGCAUAGCUCGAUUUAUUGGGGGUAUAGCCCCGGCGAUUAAAGCUAGUGUGAAAGCAUCAAGACCUACUACCUUUAGGUCAGUAGCUGAUUUGUCAUUAUCUCUUACCCUCGAUGCGGUCAGGCAGAGAUCGCUUAGGAAUUCUGAUGAGGGGAAAAGGAAACGUGAGGAUGCUAACUCACACCGUUCAGAUAAGAAGCGUAAAGGGAACUCGGAUCACAAGAAGAGUUCGGGAUUUAAAAAGGAUGACCAACAGUCGGGUGAGAAGCCCAAAUGCAAGACCUGCAAGAAGCGUCAUCUGGGAAAGUGCAGGUAUGAAUCAAAAUCCCAAUCGCAGCCUAGGGCUUGUGGGAUCUGUAAAUCUAGUGAGCAUAAGACGUUGGAUUGUAAGAAGAUAAAGGAUGCGACUUGUUACAACUGUAACGAGAAGGGGCAUAUCAAGUCUAACUGCCCAAUGUAUGCCAAGAAACCUGAAGAAGGUAAGAAGACCAACGCUCGGGUCUUUCAAAUGAAUGCACAAGAAGCGAUUCAGAAUGACAACGUGAUAACAGGUACGUUUCUUAUCAAUGAUGUUUAUGAAAGGGCAUUAUUUGAUUUGGAUGCAGACAAGUCGUUUGUGGAUGAUAAAUUUUGUAAGUUAUUAAAUCUGCCUGAACAGAAGGUGCCACCGCGUGUUAGAGGUAGAGGAAGAGGCGUAAGGCCCCAAUCUUCACCAGUCAUGAUCAUGAGGCAGGGCCAUCUUACUGGCGAACUCCUUCAGUGA